AUGUCCAACGGCGCCAGAUCGAACUCCUCCACAAUGACGGCAGCCACCGCCGCCAAAUCCACCAUCUACCUCAAGCCGACCACCGAGACCACCACCGCACGAGCCAAUUCCUCCUCCAUAGCACGGAGAUCCUGCCCCAACUCCAUGAAACAGCAAUCCACCUGCUCCUCCACCACAGCCUGUGAAGCACCCGAGGACGCGCCAAGCUCCGGAGGCAUUGCUGGCAUGAAUGGCACGGAGAAGCCCGGCCCAGCCACACUGGCCACCGACUCGGACCCAGAGCAAACCACCUGGCUCCAGGAGGCCCCGACCUGCACCGCACCAGGAGGGGGCGGACCUGGCGGAGGGGGCGGCAGCAGCGGAAGCCCAACCAACGCCGGAGCCGGCGACCCCAACGAGGGCGGCGGCGCCAUAGCCGGCAGGGGCGGCGGAAGCCAAGGCCGGAGCACCGGCGGAGGCCGAGGUCGAUCCUCCGGAGAAGAACUGCGCGGACGAGGACGGUGGCGCGGCAAAGUGCAGUCCUUAGAGAUGUGA